GUCUUUCCAUUCAAUGUAGCUCAAGUCUUUGCAAUUAUUGAAAAUGGGUAAAACCCCAAAUGCCCCAUGAUACACCUCGUUCGCGUCUAAUAUCUGAGAGUACAACGUCAUGCUUUCUAUAAGAUGUUGUUAAGCCCUAUCGUGUAUUGACGGUCCUCGCAGUCCGCGCCAUACCUAUAACUUGCUUCGUUACUCCGAAAUUAUGCAGAAAACGGCACUAGUACUUGUCUCUGCCAUUGUCGGUCUUGCGGAGGCUUCGGUCAAUCCUGAUGGCACUGGCCGACUCCCAGCAAUGGGCUGGAAUUCUUGGAACGAGUACAGCUGCAAUAUUAGCGACCAAACCUUUGUUAACACUGCAGAUUUGUUAGUGAGCCUUGGAUUAAAAGACCUUGGCUAUCAAUAUGUGAAUAUUGAUGAUUGCUGGAGCUUUCAAGGUGGUCGUGACAAUGCAACUCAAAGAAUCAUGCCAGAUCCGGUAAAGUUUCCUAAUGGGAUAAAAAACGUCGCCGAUGAAGUCCAUGCUAAGGGCAUGAAGCUAGGUAUCUACGGUGAUGCAGGAACCCAAACAUGCGGAGGUUAUCCUGGCUCUUUGGGUUUCGAGGCCAUUGAUGCAGAAGCAUUCGCUGAAUGGGGCAUUGACUACCUGAAAUACGACAAUUGUUAUGUUCCGGACGAAUGGGUGGAUGUGCCCCAGAUGUACCCGGAUAAUGGGGGAACUCCUGAUGGCUAUGUCCCCCUAGGAUAUGAUUGGUCUACCUCUAACAGCUCAAAGCGUUAUAUGCGUAUGCAUGAUGCUUUGGCCAAACAGAACCGUACGAUCCAAUACUCCCUUUGCAUUUGGGGUCAUGCCAAUGUUGUAACUUGGGGUAAUAAGACGGGCCACAGUUGGCGUAUGUUCAGCGACAUAUAUCCCUCGUGGACAGGAAGCUAUGAAUAUAGCCAAGCUUUGAUGCCCAUACUAAAUCAGGCAGCCUUUUACGCUAAUGUAUCGGAUUUCUGGGGUCACAACGACUGGGAUAUGCUCGAAGUAGGGAAUGGCAAUCUUACCAUCGAAGAGAAUCGCAGUCAUUUUGUUCUUUGGGCUGCGCUCAAGAGCCCCUUGAUUAUCGGUACGAAGCUGGACUCUAUCCAAGACGAAGUCUUGACUAUUUUUAAGAACAAGGAGAUUAUUGCGUUCAAUCAAGAUCCUGUUUAUGGAAAAGGCGUGGUUCCAUACAAAUGGGACGGUGUGGGAAAUGCCACUCACCCAGCCAAUUAUUGGGCUGGAAACUCAGUAAGGGGCGUUCACACAUUCAUGCUUAACACUAAGGAGGUUGAGGAGCCACUAACGGCUAUUUUCGCUGAAAUUCCUGGCCUGAAAGAUCAAAAGUCUCAGCCUUACUUGGUUCAUGAUAUGUGGAGCGGCAAGGAUCUCGGGAUCUUCAAGGGUUCGUUUACUACAAAGGUGAAGAGGCAUGAUACUGCCGCGCUCAGAAUUACAAAAGCCGAUGGAACGCAUCCCAUCGACUGGCAACGGGACUAAGGGGUUUAUGACGGCUUUUCAUGUUAUGGGGCUGUAUAUGACUACAGGCUCAUGCUCUUACUAUGGGGUAAUGUCAGACAGGAAUUGCAACAAGGCGCACAUCUCAAUCAAGGACUGUAACUGCAGCGUAUGAGCGGCGUCUCAGGAGCUCUGCCCCUGGGAUGCACGCUAAAACGGGGCCAACAAAUUUGCGGCAGUGCCCAU